ACGACUACAUAUACGUCAAAUGCCCGGAUGUCGGUCUUUUUUUUCUAGCUGAAGAUGGCUGAGGGCGAUAAGAAGAAGAAGGCCCAUAAGCAUGGCAGCCGUAACCCUGUCCUGGUCCGGGGCAUCGGCCGCUAUUCCCGCUCGGCCAUGUACGCUCGCCGGGCCAUGUACAAGAGGAAGACUAAAGCUCCCGUGACGAAGGUUGAAAAGAAAAUUAAGGAAAAGGCUCCCUCCACAGCCACCAAAACUGUCGGCGGAGACAAAAAUGGAGGCACUCGUGUGGUCAAACUGCGCAAACUGCCCCGUUACUACCCCACAGAGGACGUGUCCCGUAAGCUGCGGAGUCACGGCGUCAAGCCCUUCUCUCAGCACCGCAGGAAACUGCGCAAGUCCAUCAGCCCCGGGACUGUCCUGAUCCUGCUGACCGGACGCCACCGCGGGAAGCGCGUGGUCUUCCUCAAGCAGCUGGGCACCGGUCUUCUCCUCGUCACUGGUCCUCUGGCUCUGAACCGAGUGCCUCUGCGGAGAGCUCACCAGAAGUUCUGCAUCGCCACAACCACCAAAGUGGACAUCUCUGGCAUGAAGAUCCCCAAAACGCUGACUGACACCUACUUCAAGAAGAAGAAGCUGAGGAGACCCAAGCACCAGGAGGGAGAGAUCUUUGACACAGAGAAGGAGAAGUACCAGUUGACGGAGCAGCGUAAGACCGACCAGAAAGCGGUGGAUUCUCAGCUGCUUCCUCUGAUCAAGAAGGUUCCUCUGCUCAAAGGAUACCUGCGCUCCACGUUCUGUCUGUCUAAUGGAGUCUAUCCACACAAACUGGUUUUCUAAAAUGCAAAUAAAAUCUGUCAACCCAA